CCCUUGUCCCUCUAACCCCCUCUCUUCCCACUCCAGGAGAGGCACUUUGAAGGCCUUAUUGAAGUCACCAUGCCGGUCGCUGCCACCAACUCUGAGUCUGCCAUGCAGCAAGUCCUGGACAACCUGGGAUCCCUCCCCAGUGCCACGGGGGCGGCUGAGCUGGACUUGCUCUUUCUUCGAGGCAUUAUGGAGAGCCCCAUAGUGCGAUCCCUGGCCAAGGCCCAUGAGCGGCUGGAGGAGACCAAGCUGGAGGCGGUGCGGGACAACAACCUGGCGCUGGUGCAGGAGAUCCUGCGGGACCUGGCGCAGCUAGCCGAGCAGAGCAGCACCGCAGCCGAGCUGGCCCGCAUCCUCCAGGAGCCCCACUUCCAGUCACUCCUGGAGACUCACGACUCCGUGGCCUCAAAGACCUAUGAGACUCCGCCCCCCAGCCCCGGGUUGGACCCCACAUUCAGCAACCAGCCUGUGCCACCCGACGCCGUGCGCAUGGUGGGCAUCCGCAAGACGGCUGGGGAGCAUCUGGGUGUGACGUUCCGCGUGGAGGGCGGCGAGCUGGUGAUCGCGCGCAUCCUACACGGGGGCAUGGUGGCCCAGCAAGGCCUGCUGCACGUGGGUGACAUCAUCAAGGAGGUGAACGGGCAGCCGGUGGGCAGCGACCCCCGCGCGCUGCAGGAGCUCCUGCGCAGCGCCAGCGGCAGCGUCAUCCUCAAGAUCCUGCCCAGCUACCAGGAGCCCCAUCUGCCGCGCCAGGUGUUUGUGAAGUGUCACUUCGACUACGACCCGGCCCGGGACAGCCUCAUCCCCUGCAAGGAGGCGGGUCUGCGCUUCAGCGCCGGCGCCCUGCUGCAGAUUGUUAACCAGGACGACGCCAACUGGUGGCAGGCAUGCCACGUGGAGGGAGGCAGCGCGGGGCUCAUCCCCAGCCAGCUGCUGGAGGAGAAGCGGAAAGCCUUUGUCAAGCGGGACGUGGAGUUGACACCGACCUCAGGCACGCUGUGCGGCAGCCUUUCAGGAAAGAAAAAGAAGCGAAUGAUGUAUCUGACCACCAAGAAUGCGGAGUUUGACCGCCACGAGCUGCUGAUCUACGAGGAGGUGGCUCGCAUGCCCCCUUUCCGCCGGAAAACCCUGGUGCUGAUCGGGGCGCAAGGCGUGGGCCGACGCAGCCUGAAGAACAAGCUCAUCAUGUGGAACGCGGACCGCUAUGGCACCACUGUGCCCUACACGUCCCGGCGGCCCAAGGACUCGGAGCGGGAAGGCCAGGGUUACAGCUUUGUGUCCCGGGCUGAGAUGGAGUCGGACAUCCGAGCGGGGCGUUACCUGGAGCAUGGCGAGUAUGAGGGGAACCUGUAUGGCACCCGGAUCGACUCCAUCCGGGGCGUGGUUGCUGCCGGCAAGGUGUGCGUGUUGGACGUCAACCCCCAGGCAGUGAAGGUAUUGAGGACAGCCGAGUUUGUCCCUUAUGUGGUGUUCAUCGAGGCCCCCGACUAUGAGACCCUGCGGGCCAUGAACCGGGCUGCGCUGGACAGUGGGGUAUCCACCAAGCAGCUCACGGAGACAGACCUGAGGCGGACGGUGGAAGAGAGCAGCCGAAUCCAGAGGGGCUACGGGCACUACUUCGACCUCAGCCUGGUCAACAGCAACCUGGAGAGGACCUUCCGAGGCCUCCAGGCAGCCCUGGAGAAGCUGCGCACGGAGCCCCAGUGGGUGCCCGUUAGCUGGGUGUACUGAGCCCUGAUCUGUGGGCUGUCACCCCGGGACCUGAGCCCACCUCCUCCCACAAUCCUGACCCCUCCCUGGCUCUCCCCAUGUCUGGCUUCAGUGUGGAUUCGUGCACUGCCAGGGGUGGGCAUUCAUGGGGCACCUCUGUGUCCAGGUGCUGCCCACUCCCCAUGCCCAUCGUCUACCAGGUGUCCCUCUCUGGAUGUGUCUGGCUCACCUUGAUCCUGCUCAGAGAAGACAUAAGCUGAGAGGGCCCUGGGUUUACUGCCCCCUGCUGGCCACCCCCUUCAGGCGCCUUGUCUCCUCUGGACGGGGUGCACCCUCCCCACUCCUGCCCCCACUCCCACCCCAGGGCCCGAGGACCAGGCUUAGGGCAGCAUCCGAGUGGUCAGGAGUGCGCGUGGUCCACUGGCAGCCAGGCAGUCCUGGACGCCUGGUGCCUACCUGGUGCCGGCCUGAAACCUGUGGAGGAGCCGACUCAUAAGCCGGCUGCCAGGUUCUGAGGCCCGGCACUGGGCUCCCUCAGAGCGGGCAGAAGUCCUAGGGGUGGGCACUGCCCUGUCCCGUCCUUAUCCACAGCUUUUCACUGCCGAUGUCGCUGCAGACUUCUCCGCUGUGCCCCUGCCUGUCAGCCCCGCCCCUGCAGGGCAAGGCAGGCAGGGACCUGCAGGUCAGCCCAGGGGGGACACAUCUAAGGCCCUCCGGGUCUUUUCUCAGGCCUGCUCUGGCCUCCUGACCCUGAGGGGCAGAGGUGGGGUGCCGAGGGGACCGUGUGUGUUGGUCCCGGAGUGCAAGAUUGGAGAAGUUAGUGUAUUAGCUGACUCCUCACUGCCCACCCCCCUGGGGCACCCUUCACCUGUCAGCUCCCAGGGCCCCUGGGCCUGUGUUUCUGGCACAGCUGGGGGUGGGAGUGGGGGGCAGGCCAGGUUUGGAGGAGGGGAACCAGUGGGUUAUUGUGCUUUGGAGUCCCUCUUUGGGCUGCUCCCCACCACCACCUCUGUUUCUUAGAAGACCCUUCCCCCAGAUGCCAGGGCCUUGGCCCUCCCCAGACCCUCCUUUCCUGUUGCCCCUCUAUCCUAAACGCCACCCCCACUCCCUGGGGAGGCCAGUUUUGUAAAAUAGGAGAUCCCCCUUCCACGAUGGGGCCCAGGACCCGCCCCUCCAUCUCCCGGCCUCAUCCUUCCUUCCGUGUCCCCUCUCCUCCCACAGGGGGCCCCCCUGCCCCGCACCUCCACUCCACCCCCGUGUGCCCGCGCUCCUGUAUCUGAGCAGUCCUCGCUGCAGCGUCAGCCCUUGCUGGCCCCUGAACCACUGUGUGCCCAUUUCCUAGGGGAGGGGAGGGAGAAGAAACAAUAUUUAUUACAAAUCUUAGAAAUAUAUUUAUGAUAUUAGGAAUCUCAUUUGCAUCUGCGUAGUAUAUGCAAACGAGAUGCCAAGCCUCUGCACACAGGAUGCAGGCGGCUCUUGGCUCCUCAUCCGUCCCCAUUAGGCAGGCUCUUUUUUGUCCUCCGUUGGGCCAAGGGUUGAGAGUGAGGGCAGGUGGGUGGUGGUCCUGCUCCGUUUCCUCUGCCAGGCCCCUCCUCUCCCGGGACUUGGGAGUAGAGAUAGGAAGGGUCUGCUGUCUCAGCCACCUUAUUGUUCACCCUUCAGGUUCACCUGCCAGUGAACCUCCCGGCAGCCAUGCCCUCUGACCCAGGUCUCACAGACAGUGCCCAGGCAGUGGUGCCCUGUGGGGAGCUGGCCCCUGGCUCUUUUGUAAGUCUCUCUGGUGAUGCCCUAGGGGGCAGGCGGCCGCUCCUCUCCAGCCUCCUUGCCACCAGCCAGUCCUCCCUCUCUGCACCGCUUCCCUCCAGCCGGAGCCCCAGAGCCCAUUCCAGACACUUGCCAAGUGUGGGCCACGGGCGGACCCUGGCCUGGGCUGGGUGGACCUGCGUGUGCCCGCUGCAUUGUCUCUGUGGCUCUGUGCUCCGCCCACCCCCCACACACUGUCUGCACUGCCACCCUGCUGCCGCAUCAAGUGGAUGCCCGGGAUAAGGAGGACCCUGCCGCCAUUUCCCAGACCCUGUCCCUGCCCC